AUGGUUCAACAUGAACCUGAAACUUUUAGGAAAAAAAGAUCAUUUUUAAACAAUGAUCAACGGAAAAUAAUUGCUCAAUUAUUGAUAAAGAAUAGUUGUGGUGGAAAACUAAAAUCCGGAACUGUUAUAUGGUUGGCAUCCAAAUACUCGGUAUCCAUCGAUGUUAUUUAUCGAAUUUGGAAGCAAGUAUCUCAAACAGGUGAUGCGUCUCAUAAAAGAACAAAAAAUUGUGGUCGGAAAAGAGUUGCGGUAGAUAUUGAAAAAGUGCGGGAUAUUUCGUUAGCUAAACGUAGCACUCUUCAGAGCCUCGCAUUUGCCUUGGGCAUUAGCAAAACAGCAUUGUUUAAGUUUGUAAAGGAUGGGACUUUGCGUCGGCAUUCAAAUGCUCUAAAGCCACAAAUGAAAGAUAGCAAUAUGAAAGAUCGUCUUAGAUUUUACUUGUCCAUGCUUGAAGAAACUAGUCUUCCUCAUGAUCCGGAGUUUAAGUCUAUGCAUAAUAUCGUCCACAUAGAUGAAAAAUGGUUCUACAUGACCAAAAAAUCAGCUAACUACUACCUUCUUGAAAAUGAGGAUGAGCCAUAUCGCACAUGCAAAAAUAAAAAUUUUAUUGGAAAAGUCAUGUUUUUAGUAGCAGUCGCUAGGCCUAGAUUUGAUGACGGUGAUAAGGAGAUAUUUUCGGGAAAAAUUGGCGUCUUUCCUCUUGUUCAAAAAGUUGCAGCAAAAAGGUCAAGUAUCAAUAGAGCUUCGGGUACACUUGAAACUAAACCGAUUACUUCUAUCACUAAAGAAGUUAGUCGAAAUUUUCUAAUCAAUAAAGUGUUACCUGCAAUUAAAGAAAAAUGGCCGAGAGAACAUGCAAUGGAAACAAUUUAUAUACAACAAGAUAAUGCUCCGUGUCAUGUUUCUAUUGACGAUGAAGAAUUUCAUAAAGCAGCUUCUGAAGGAGGAUUUGACAUCCGUUUAUCUUGUCAACCACCGAAUUCUCCUGAUUUAAAUGUUUUAGAUCUGGGUUUUUUCAAUGCCAUUCAAUCAUUACAACAAAAGGAAGUUUCAAAAUCAGUUGAUGAACUCAUUGAAGUUGUGCAAAACUCAUAUGAUAAUUUUUCUAGCAAACAAUCUGACAAAAUUUUCUCACACUUCAAUCUUGAGGUUGGUUCUAGAUCAUGGAAUUUACAUGGAGAAGGAAAUAUGAAGAAUGCUAGAACUUUAUUGUCUUCGAUACCUAAAUCAAAAGAUGGAAACUCAUUAGCUAAAUGA